CCAUGGAUCGGUCUAAAAUUCUGCCGGGCCGCACCGCCAAAAAAUUGUUCUCUCGCAAAGGUCCCCACUGCCUCUACGAUUUACCUUCACUUCGCAUAGUGCACUGGGAAUGGAUUUCGUCAGUUAACCCAAAGACGUCGCUCAAUCGCCAAAUUAUUCGCUCGAAAGGGCGACAAUAACGUCACCAUGAAUAUCGCACAACCGGUCGCGUCCGGGGUAGAGAGCGUCGAGUUUACGUUCUUGUCGCCAAAGGAGAUCCGAGCAAUCUCUGUCAAGCGAAUUGAGAAUCCCGAAACCUUCGACAACCUUCUCAAUCCUGUACCAGGCGGUCUCUAUGACCCUGCCCUCGGAUCAUGGGGCGAUGCGCCAUGCACAACAUGUAACUUGAACCAGGCUACAUGCCCCGGCCAUGCUGGACACAUUCAACUCCCAGUGCCAGUCUAUCAUCCAGUAUUCAUGGACCAAGCUUAUCGACUCCUGAAAGCUGCCUGCGUCUACUGCAAAGGAUUCCGACUUCCUCAGAAAGAACUACACAAGUAUGUGUGCCAACUAAAACUUCUUCAGCACGGCUUGAUUCAGGAGGCUCACGUAGUGGGUGCCAUUGGCGAUAACGAGCUGGCCAUCGAGCUCGGGGACUUCUCUGAAUUGGAAAGUGAAGCUGAGGAGGAGGGCGGCACCAACUCGAUCGAUAACGUAACACGCGCAAGAGACAAGUACGUUGACAAGUGUCUUAGCGGUAUUAAGAUCAAGAGAGGCGACACAAAGAGAGGAAAACACGAGGGAUCGAGCGAAAUGCGUCGUGAGAUUAUUAAGGAGUUUCUGGCAGAAAUCACCAAGCGCAGAGUUUGCGCUAGCUGUGGUGGCAUUUCACCUUCAUACCGCAAGGAUCGAUUUGUUAAAGUUUUUGAGAGAUCACUAUCUGAUAAGGACAAGGCCAAGAUGGCUCAGAAGAAUUUCAAGCAGGCCGAUGCUAUGGCCAGGGUCCACCAAGCUGCAACCAAACAGAAGCCCGAUGGAUACUCAUCCGACGAGGGCGUUGCAGAUGUGGCUUCUCCUACUCGUGAGACUUCCCGCGUUAAUGGAGAUGUCACCGAUCAGGACACGGAGAUGAUAGAUGCGGACACGGCUUCUACUUCUUCUUCUCCACAGCGGUAUAUCAGCGCCAUGGAGGUUCGAGCUCGACUCAACGAGUUGUUCACCAAGGAGCAAGAAUUGGUUUCCCUCCUAUACAACGCGAAGCCCCCGACCCGCAGCUCUACCAAUGUCACGCCCGACAUGUUCUUUUUGACAACCAUCCUAGUUCCUCCCAACCGCUACCGCCCCGAAGCUCGAACAGGCGAGUCCGAGAUUUCUGAAGCCCAGCAAAAUUCUCUUUACAAAAAUAUUCUCAGAGGCUGUGGAACGAUCGCGCGUCUACACAGGGAGUUACAGGAGGAAAAAGCCGAUGUCAACAGGAUGCAUCAGGCCUCAGCAGAGCUUCAAGAGUCGGUCAACGCGCUCAUCGAUAAGAAUAAAAACCCGGUUCAAGGUGCUGCAGCGAAGCGCAACGAGGAUGGCAUCAAGCAGAAGCUCGAGAAGAAGGAAGGUCUCUUCCGAAAGAACAUGAUGGGUAAGCGUGUUAACUACGCCGCUCGAAGUGUCAUCUCACCCGAUCCCAAUAUCGAGACCAACGAAAUCGGUGUGCCACCUGUCUUUGCGAAAAAGUUGACGUAUCCCGAGCCAGUGACCAGUCACAACUUCAGAGACAUGCAACAAGCUGUCAUCAACGGUGUCGACAAAUGGCCUGGCGCUUUCGCCAUCGAGAAUGAAAAUGGCCAGAUCGUCAACCUUCGCAACAAAUCAGUCGACGACCGUGUGUCUCUCGCAAAUCAGCUACUGGCUCCCACAAGCAGCAAUGCUGCUAGGACCCGGAACAAGAAAGUCUACCGCCAUCUGACCAAUGGCGAUGUUGUCCUGAUGAACCGGCAGCCAACACUUCACAAACCGUCUAUUAUGGGACAUCGAGUUCGAGUUCUCCCUGGCGAGAAGACGAUUCGAAUGCACUACGCCAACUGUAACACAUACAACGCUGAUUUUGAUGGUGAUGAGAUGAACAUGCAUUUCCCGCAGAACGAAGUUGCCCGCGCCGAAGCCCUCCAGAUUGCCGACACUGAUCACCAAUACCUAUCUGGUACUGCGGGGAAACCUCUCCGAGGUCUCAUUCAGGAUCAUAUCUCGGUAUCCGUUGCUCUCUGUAACCGCGACACAUUCUUCACCAAGGGCGACUAUCAACAACUGGUUUACAACGCAUUGCGGCCCGAGAGUGGCCACAUUGUUGGCGAGAGAAUCGAACUUGUUGCCCCUGCAGUGAUCCGACCUGUAGCUCGAUGGACUGGCAAGCAGGUCAUCACCACCAUCUUGAAGAACAUGCAGCCUCCCAACUGCGGCGGGCUUUCCAUGAAAGCGGAAACGCAAAUCAAAGCCAGUCAGUGGGGUGUUAACUCUGAAGAAGGAACUGUUGUUUUUCAGGAUGGCGAGUUCAUCGCCGGUAUUCUGGAUAAGUCACAGAUUGGUCCCAGCUCUGGUGGUGUCAUCCACGCUGUUCAUGAGAUUUAUGGCCCGGCUGUUGCGGGUAAGCUCUUGAGUAGUCUCGGUAGGUUGCUCACGAGGUAUCUCAACAUGAGGGCUUUCUCCUGUGGUAUGGAUGAUUUGAGACUUACGCCUGAGGGAGAGCAAGCCCGGCGAGAAGCGCUUGUGCCUGCCGACUCAGUGGGUCUCAAAGUUGCAUCUUCCUACGUUUCUCUCGAGCAGGACCCAGGUCCUAGAGAUCCUCUGCUAUUGGAGCGUCUGGAAGAGGUACUUCGCGACGACAGCAAACAAGAAGGUCUGGAUCUUCUGAUGAAGGAAGGUCUUAGUAAGAUCACGGACAAGAUCCAGACAGCUACCAUGCCUGUUGGUCUCGAGAAGGCUUUCCCCUUCAACCAGAUGCAAGCCAUGACAACAUCCGGUGCCAAGGGAUCCAGAGUCAAUGCCUCGCUGAUUUCUUGCAACCUUGGUCAGCAGGUUUUGGAGGGUCGGCGUGUCCCUAUCAUGGUCAGCGGCAAGUCAUUGCCAUGCUUUAACCCAUUCGAGACUCAUGCUCGAGCUGGCGGUUAUAUCGUGCAGCGCUUCCUUACAGGGAUCCGGCCUCAAGAGUACUAUUUCCAUCACAUGGCCGGUCGAGAAGGUCUGAUCGAUACUGCUGUUAAGACGUCCCGCUCCGGUUACCUACAGCGAUGUGUUAUCAAGGGUAUGGAGGGUUUGACGGUCGCGUACGAUACCACCGUGCGAGAUGCAGAUGGCUCCAUGAUCCAGUUCCUGUACGGCGAGGAUGGUCUCGAUGUUUCCAAGCAGAAGUAUUUGACUGAUUUCAGCUUCAUCCUGGAGAACGUCACAUCAGAGGCUUCACAGCUCCGUUACGACCCCAGCGUUGGCGACCGCCUAGGAAUGCACCGCGAUGCAAUCACCAAAUACAUGAAGAAGGCUCUCAAGCACACCAACAUCAAAGAUCCCAAGGCUCAGGACCCGAUCUCAGGUCUCUUCAACCCUGCCACGACCGCGUUCGCCACAUCUGAGAACUUCUACAAGGCCAUGACUUCAUACAUCAAGGAGAACAAGGAUGGCCUUGUCCGGGACAAAUCGGAUAAGAACAAGCUUGCGCUCUCUCGUGUGAGCCUCAACAAGAAGAAUGCGGAGAUGCUGUUCGCGAUGAAAUACUUGCGGUCUCUUGUGGAGCCUGGAGAAGCUGUCGGUAUCGUAGCGGGUCAGUCUGUUGGUGAGCCUUCGACGCAAAUGACAUUGAACACCUUCCAUUUGGCUGGUCACUCUGCAAAGAACGUCACGCUGGGUAUCCCUCGACUGCGUGAGAUUCUCAUGACAGCUAGCGACAAGAUCUCCACCCCAGCCAUGUCUAUUUACCCAAUCGAGGAGAUGUCUGUAGAAGAUGCAGAGAUCUUUGCCAAGUCCAUCUCAGUGUUGCCUCUUGGGUUCAUUCUCGAUAGCAUCAACGUUGAAGAGAAGGUUGGUCAAGGCAAGAUUUACGGUUCGGCCAAGAUUUACAAGGUCGAUAUACAGUUCUUCGACUCGGAGGAGUACACCAAGACAUAUGCCAUCAAUAUCUCGGACGUUGUCGAGGCUGUUGAGAGGAAGCUCCUCCACCGGCUACUGGCUCUUGUGAAGAAGGACAUCAGGAAGCGAAUGACAAUGUCUACAAUGGCCACUCCCGAUGUUGGCGCCAAGGCUGGUGUUGUGGAGACGGCUGCUCCCAAUGCUGAAGCUGCCGGCAAUUUCGAUGAUGAUGAAGACGAUGAGGAUGGUGAUGAUGACGCGACGAAUGCCAAGCAGCGAGCCAAACGAAGCGAGGCAGUGUCGUAUGGACCCAACGAUGAUGACGACGAUGCCGUGCAGCAGGAAAUGGAGCGGGAUGCCGGUGACGAUGAUGCUGAUGAGGAUGAAGAUUUCGGUGGCAGCCCCCAGCAGGCGGAAGGUGACGGGGAUGGUGACGAUGUCGACUGGUCUGCAAAGGCACGAACCAACCGGGUCCUUGAACAAUACGCCGAGGUUACAGACUUCUCGUUCGACGAGAAGACGGGAGCCAGCUGCAGUUUCACACUGGAGUACGAUUCAACUAUUCCCAAAGUCCUCAUGCUCAACCUCGUUCAAGACGCUGUGAGGAAGACGGUGAUACAGGAGAUUUCUGGCGUCGGUGCCUGCACCCUUGUCGAGGAGAAGGACACAAAGGUCAUCCAUACAGCGGGUGUGAACCUGCAGGCAAUGCAGCGAUACAGCGAUUUCAUCGACCCCAACCGCAUCCAGACCAACGACAUCGCUGCCGUACUGGCCGUGUACGGUGUUGAAGCAGCUCGCCAAAACAUCGUGCAAGAACUUGCCGGCGUCUUCGGAUCUCACGGCAUCAAGGUGGACAACCGCCACCUGAACCUGAUCGGAGACCACAUGACGAGAAAUGGUGGAUUCACACCUUUCAACCGAAUGGGUCUGAAGGGUAACGUCAGCCCCUUCACUAAAAUGAGUUUCGAGACGACGCUCGCAUUCCUCAAGGACGCUGUGCUGGAUGGUGAUUGGGACGAUCUGUCUACGCCCAGUGGUCGGCUGGUGAUGGGUAGACUUGGAAAGGUUGGCACAGGUGGCUUCGAUGUUUUGGCGCAACUUCCCACAUAUCAUGUUGAUUCUUUGGCGUAAUUUGGUCUGUAAUAAAAAGAGUAGAUGCAAUCAAUUUGAUCGAUUAUAUAAUACUUGUUCGAAUAAGCCGUUGAAUCCCUCGCGUCCGUCAACAGAGUAAAUAGUCCCAUGGAGCCAGCUUUGGAGGCUGUAGAAGUCGAGGUACAAUAAUGCAAAUCUCCAUCGGGUUUGACAAUUGCACGAUGCAGUCAGUUGAUGAUGAAUGAAUGGGUGAGCGAG